UAAAGACUGCUAUUAUUAACACCUUUGCGUCGGAUAACUCAUUAUUGCAUCAAAUCGGUAACUACCGCUGAUUACGGAUGACGCAUUUUUGCGUCAUACCAAAUACUGCUGCCGAUUACGGAUGUCCGAUUACAAGGCAAAUCGGUCCAGCAUAACGGCCCCGACGCUACGGUGUUAAUUAUAAGAAUACAUAUACAUAUACUUUAAAAGUGAAAUAUAAUUUAAAAUCCAUAUAAAUUUUAUCCAUGCACUUUUGAUGUAAAUGCUAGAAAAAAUUUUAAAGGGGAAAAAAACCUUGUAUCAAGGAACUUCCUCUUGGUUCAUAUAUGCACGCAGCAAGAAGUAGCAGGAGCUAAAUAUAUGCCAGCUCUGUUUUAUAAACACCAAGGAACAUGUGUGCUCUUGUUCUGAGCCAUACAGGCAGCUAAAAUAGUUUUUAAGUACUUCAUACUCGAAGCAGUCGCUAUACCUUGUGCAGGUAUUAAAACAUUUUUACUUCUCAUAUUACACCAAUGAAGAACUAAAAGAUUACGAUCUUUUCAAACAUAACAUAAACAGAUUUAUACGAUCUGGUAUGUCGAUCCAAAAGAGAAAACCUCUUCUAAGCAGAUUUUUAAGUACACGUACUUCUUAUGAAGAAACAACCGAUGUAAUGGCAACACCAUCUAUUAUCGUCAACGAUAUCGAAGACUGCGAACGCAUUUGGAUGGAUGAUAUAGGAAAUAGCAGUAUAAGUUCAGGAAACAGUUCUGAUUCGAUUACCUAUCACAUAAGAGAAAGACAAAUGACAAAAGAACAACCAUGGACUAAAGAAGAAAUCGUUUCUGCUCUCUCUAAUCUUCCAGACGGAGAAUAUGCUCUAUCUAUUGUCCCGACUCUUUACGGCGAUACGUUGCAUAAAACUAUAAAUGAAUUUUUGAAUGUCAACAGCAAGGUAGUGACAUCCAAUGCCAGGAAAAUUUCCAUAUCUUCGUCUGAAAAUGGAAACGUGAUUGAAAACGAAGCAGCAAAUAUUUCGCAGCAUUUAAAGAACUGGCCAAACACAUAUCUCUUAGUCUCUUGCUUUUUGGGUCAUGUAGAAUUGGUAAAAGUUUUAUUGAACAAAAACGUGAAUCCUUCAACUAGAGACUGUGACGGCAGGACACCAUUGCACUUAAGUGCUUGUGCAGCUUCUGUGAAAAUUUUAGAAGAACUAUUAAAAUAUGGUGCUAAUCCAGGUGAAUGGGAUUUUAAUAACAAGUGUGCACCCUUACAUUGUGCUGCUGCAACCGGAGAUAUUUCUAGUGUCAAUUGUUUGAUAAAAGCAGGAGCAGAAGUAAAUGCAGGACUCUCAGGAAAAAGUCCUCUUUACUAUGCUGUUUCGAGUAACGCGGAUGACUGUGUCGAAGCUUUAUUACAAGCAGGUGCUAUCCCUAAUACUCCACAGGUUUAUACGGAAACACCGUUACAUGUAGCAGCAGGACUGGGUUCUGUUACAUGUACAGCAUUAUUGUUAAAAUAUGGUGCAGACGUUAGGGUGCAGUUUAGUUCUACGAGAUCGACUCCUUUGCAUUUAGCGGCAGAAGAAGGCAGUGCAGAAUGCACAAAAUUAUUGCUAGAAGUUGGUGCAACCUGCGAGGUAAAAAAUUCACGAGGUCAAACACCGCUGCACUUGGCAGCUUUGUCCCAAUCGGCAGAAACUUUGGACGUGCUUUUAAAUGCUGGUGCGAAUGUCAAUACAGAAGAUAACGACGGACGUACUCCACUGCACGCUGCUGUUGCAAAAGCUACCAGAGGGAUGGAAUUGGUCAGAAUUUUGAUGCAGGCUGGUGCUUUGAUCAACACGUCGGACAAAUUUGGCUACACACCCUUACAUAUCGCUGCUCUGAACGAAAGUUCGUCAACUGUGAUGAUGUUAUUGUCGAAAGGAGCAGACGUUACCGCCAGAACGAAAGGUGGUAUUUCUGCAUUGAGUUUUAUUGUACGCAGAACGCCCGAUGUAUUGCCACGAUUUAUCUCACGCUUGGAUCAAGCGAUUUCUUUACACGAUCAUGAAUUAGGCGAUGUCGAUUGUGAAUUAAGAUUAGACUUUAGACCUCUGGUACCAGGUGGCAGAGGGGAAAUGGAUUUAAUGUUGUGCCUUGUAGAAGUUGGACAAAGACAUGUAUUAAAACAUCCGUUAUGCGAAAGUUUCCUCUAUUUAAAAUGGUUAAGAAUUCGUAAAUUUUUCUUGAUCAGUUUGAUAUUUCAUUCCAUUUUCGUUGCAUUUUUCACUGCAUACAUUGCAGUUACAUACUUCUGGAACAUAAAAAACCUCAGGACAGUACUUUUUUGGCCGGUAUUGAUAUUUACUAUAACUCUUGCCGGUAAAGAAUUCUUUCAAAUGGCUCACGGUUUAUGGUGUUAUGCCAAAGGAUGGGAAAACUGGCUCCAAUGGAGCGUUAUUUUCAUAUCGAGCAUAAUAUUGAUCGAGCCAAUUUUUCAUUGGCAGCAUCAUGUAGCAGCUUUAGGUAUACUUCUAAUUUGGCUAGAGUUAAUGAUGGUGGUUGGGAGAUUUCCAAUGUUUGGCCUUUAUAUACAAAUGUUUACCCAAGUCUCGAUUAAUUUCUUUAAAUUCCUUGGUGCUUAUAUGUGCCUUAUAAUUGGUUUUUCAUUAGGUUUUAGCGUAUUACAUAAAAAUUAUAAAUCGUUUGCUAAUCCCUUGGUUGGUUUACUGAAAACCAUUAUAAUGAUGUCUGGAGAAUUAGAAUUCGAAGACGUAUACUUUGAUGAAAGUGCACCAAUAUUGUAUUCUGGUACGGCACACUUAAUGCUUUUGAGUUUUGUCAUCUUAGUGACAGUAAUUUUAACGAAUUUAAUGAUGGGCCUUGCUGUAUCAGAUAUACAGGAAUUACGAAGAUGUGCCGGAUUAGAUAGAUUAGUACGUAGAGCGGAAUUAGUAGCGCAUUUGGAAAGUAUGUUAUUUUCGAAGAUUUUGGAUCAUGCACCGAGCAGGAUUAUGAAGACGUGUAGACGAGGAGCGCUUCUUUUACAUCCGCCACACCAUUGCGCUCUUCAUAUACGUCCGAACGAUCCCCGUGAAAACCGUUUACCACGGGACUUAGUAAAGGCUACUUAUCGCUUAGUAAGUGGCAGAAAAAAUCGUAAUACAAAUACUAGAAGUACGUCUGUACAUAACAGAGAAAGAAGCAAUACAGAAGCCAGUAACUCAAAAUUAAGUAGACUCUACAGCACAACUUCGACCAACGAUAACAAUCAACAACAGUUCAACGAAUUAGCUACCGAAUUGAGAAGAUGCUCGUACAAUAUUGGUGCACGUUUGGACAAUUUAACUAAUAAAAUAGAAAGUAUUGUUAGAGAGUACAGUAACUGAGUAAAAUAUGUAGCAUUUAAUACGUUAAAAAUUUUUCAUUAACUUACCAAUAA